AUGAGAACCGAAGAGGCUAAUCGCCUUAAGGAUAAGUUUGAGAAUUUGUCUCUUAAUUCUUCUAAAGAUAAUCUUGUUGAGUCUUCUUUGAAUGUGUCUAAAAACAGGAACAAUUCUAAGAAGAAGGGAAACAACAAGUCCAAAAACAAUCUCACUCCAAACAACAAAAUCCAAAAGCCAAAGGGUGCUUGCUAUGUGUGCGGGAUUGUUGGACACAAAGCAUACCAAUGCAACCGGAGGCAUGGUGCAAAUAAAUAUGGAAACACCUCCCAAGCCAAUGUGGUGGAAAAAGAAGAAAUCAUUGCGGCGGUGGUGGUUGAAGCCAACUUGGUGGAGAACAAAGUGGAGUGGAUUUUGGACACCGGAGCAUCUAGGCACUUUUGUGCAAAUAAGGCCUUGAUGACCGAGUUUGAAGAUGUUACCGAUGGUGAUCAUGUCUACAUGGGGAAUAGUAGCACCGCGGGAGUCCUUGGCAAAGGAAAGGUCCAUAUCAAACUCACCUUCGGAAAAACUUUAUUUUUAAAUAAUGUGUUAAGAAGACCUAAGACUUAUGACGAGGCAAUGAGGUCCAUAGAUGCUAGUUUUUUGAAAGAGGCCAUUAAGAGUGAACUAGAUUCUAUCAUGUCCAAUCACACUUGGGAUCUUUGUGACUUGCCUAAGGGUUCUAAGCCUAUAAGUUGUAAGUGGAUUUUCAAGAAGAAACUUAGACCGGAUGGGACCAUAGAUAAGUUCAAGGCUAGACUUGUCAUUAGAGGUUUCACCUAA